UUUACUUCUCCAUCCUUAUCUAUAUAAUAGGUGUGAGCAUUCAAAUAAAUAAAAUAGUUAUUCUGUGUUAGGACUAAAAGGAGAUAAAAGAUCUUCUGGGCAGAAAGUAUAGAAUGUACAGUGUGCAAUGAUGGUAUGAAUGACUAAGUUGUGUUUGUGGGGAGAAUAAAUGAGAAUGACUGGAGAGAAUGUGGGUUGGUCAAGUCAUGGGUAGAGCAGGCGAGAGGGUGGAGGGGACUCAGAGGCCAGACUCUGUUGGGUGUUGAUGAAAAGGUCAAUAGAGUCAUUGUAGGUCCUUGAACAAAGGAUGGAUUUAAUGAGAAGUAUUGAGUCCUUUGAUCCAAGAACUCAGGGACAAGGAGUCAGGCACCGGUAAACUGUGACUCUUCUACUUCUCUUCUGGACCAUCCUGGCCUAAAGAGAUCAGCCAGGAGACAUAAGAUUCCUUGUAGAAAUUUUUGUAUUUAUACACCUUACUCACUAUGUUGAGCUCUGCUUGUGACUGUCUGAUGUUGUACCAACCUGUGGGGAAGUCUCAAGGCUAUGGCUGGAUUCUCUUUAAGAGCUUAUGUUUUUGUGGAAGGGAGAAGUAAAAGCAGAGACCUGACACCCUGAAAACUUGGCCUGGUGCUGUCUUCAUGAAGGGUUACCUAUACUGACUGCUUUGAUGUGCUCUGUGGUGGCAAGAAAAUUUAACAGGAUUUAUCAUCUGUUUGACCUUAGAGGCUUAUAGUACAUUUUACUGGAAAAAUCUGUCUACAUAGGAAACAACUCAUCCCAGUUUAUUGAUGAUUUCCCAUCUCCAAUAUGGUUUGCUUAAGUGAUUAACUUUCUCAGGUGGAGGCCUGAAUUUUGAUCUAUGUCCUCCCUACAUCAGCUGCCUGAAAGUACUUAAUGAUCACAUGACCCUGGACAUGGAUGCUGUCCUGUCAGAUUUUGUCCGUUCCACAGGAGCAGAGCCAGGGUUGGCCCGAGAUCUCCUGGAAGGAAAGAAUUGGGAUGUGAGCGCCGCCCUCAGUGAUUUUGAACAGCUACGUCAGGUCCAUGCUGGGAACCUGCCCCCACCCUUUAGUGAGGGGAGUGGUGGCUCCAGGACCCCUGAGAAAGGGUUUUCUGAUAGAGAGUCUACUCGCCCUCCCCGACCCACCCUACAGCGGCAGGAUGACAUCGUUCAAGAAAAACGCCUGUCUAGGGGCAUCUCCCACGCCAGCUCCAGCAUUGUUUCCCUGGCCCGGUCCCAUGUCUCCUCCAAUGGUGGGGGUGGGGGGAGCAGUGAGCACCCCCUGGAAAUGCCCAUCUGUGCCUUCCAGCUUCCAGAUCUCACUGUGUACAAUGAAGACUUUCGCAGCUUCAUAGAGAGAGACCUCAUUGAGCAGUCCAUGCUGGUUGCCUUGGAGCAGGCAGGGCGUUUGAAUUGGUGGGUGAGUGUGGACCCCACCUGUCAGAGGCUCCUUCCUUUGGCAACUACUGGAGAUGGAAACUGCCUCCUGCACGCAGCCUCUCUUGGGAUGUGGGGUUUCCAUGAUCGGGACUUGAUGCUACGGAAAGCUUUAUAUGCACUAAUGGAGAAGGGAGCAGAGAAGGAAGCAUUAAAACGGCGCUGGAGGUGGCAGCAAACUCAGCAGAAUAAAGAGUCGGGGCUGGUGUACACAGAGGAGGAGUGGCAGAAGGAAUGGAAUGAGCUGAUCAAGCUUGCCUCAAGUGAGCCCCGCAUGCAUCUAGGUACCAACGGAGCCAACUGUGGUGGGGUGGAGAGUUCAGAAGAGCCUGUGUAUGAGAGCCUGGAAGAAUUCCAUGUCUUCGUCCUUGCCCACGUGCUUAGGAGGCCCAUAGUCGUUGUGGCAGACACCAUGCUGAGGGACUCUGGCGGGGAAGCAUUCGCCCCUAUUCCCUUUGGGGGAAUCUAUCUGCCCUUGGAGGUUCCACCCAGCCAGUGUCACCGCUCCCCUCUGGUGCUCGCCUACGAUCAGGCCCACUUUUCUGCACUUGUGUCCAUGGAACAGAAGGAGAAUGCCAAGGAACAAGCUGUGAUCCCACUUACAGAUUCAGAGCAUAAGCUGCUGCCCUUGCACUUUGCUGUGGACCCUGGAAAGGGCUGGGAGUGGGGCAAAGAUGACAGUGACAAUGUCCGAUUGGCCAGUGUAAUCCUGUCCCUAGAGGUCAAAUUGCAUCUGCUGCAUGGCUACAUGAAUGUGAAAUGGAUCCCAGUGUCCUCGGAUGCACAGGCUCCCCUGGCCCAGCCUGAGUCCCCGACAGCCUCAGCUGGAGAUGAGCCCCGGUCCACUCCUGAGUCUGGGGAAUCAGACAAGGAGUCAGUUGGCAGCAGUUCUGCCAGCAAUGAGGGCAGCAAGCGGAAAGAGAAGUCAAAACGAGAUCGGGAAAAGGACAAGAAAAGAGCAGAUUCUGUGGCUAACAAACUGGGCAGCUUUGGCAAAACCUUGGGCAGCAAGCUCAAGAAGAACAUGGGAGGCCUGAUGCACAGCAAGGGUUCUAAGCCUGGAGGGAUGGGAACAGGGUUGGGGGUAAGCAGUGGCACUGAGACACUGGAGAAGAAGAAGAAAAACUCACUGAAGAGUUGGAAGGGUGGCAAGGAGGAGGCAGCUGGGGAUGGGCCUGUAACUGAGAAGCCCACAUCUGAGUCUGUUGGUAAUGGAGGGAGCAAGUAUAGCCAGGAGGUGAUGCAAAGCCUGAGCAUUUUGAGGAUUGCAAUGCAAGGGGAGGGGAAGUUUAUUUUUGUUGGAACCCUGAAGAUGGGUCACCGUCACCAAUAUCAGGAGGAGAUGAUCCAACGCUACCUUUCUGAUGCUGAGGAGAGAUUCCUGGCAGAGCAGAAGCAGAAGGAGGCAGAGAGGAAGAUCAUGAAUGGAGGGGUAGGGAGUGGGCCUCCUCCAGCCAAAAAGCCAGAGCCAGAUGGCGGGGAGGAGCUGCUGACUGCCCCUCCAGCAGAGUCCAAGGUGGUGGCGUUGUCUACUGGCUACCCCGGUGGCUUUACUGUCCCUCGGCCUUCUGGGGGUGGAGUCCACUGCCAGGAGCCCCGGAGGCAGAUGGCAGGGGGGCCAUGUGGGGGGGGCCUGCCACCAUAUGCCACCUUCCCCAGACAGUGCCCUCCUGGGCGACCCUACCCCCAUCAGGACAGCAUCCCUUCUCUGGAGCCAGGCAGUCACUCCAAGGAUGGAGUUCACAGGGGUGCAUUGUUACCACCCCACUUCCGCGUGGCUGAUUCCUAUAGCAACGGCUACAGAGAGCCCCCUGAGCCAGAUGGAUGGGCUGGAGGUCCCCGGGGGCUUCCCCCAACCCAGACCAAAUGCAAACAACCGAACUGCAGCUUCUAUGGACACCCUGAGACAAACAACUUCUGCUCCUGCUGUUACAGGGAAGAACUGAGGAGAAGGGAACGUGAACCGGGUGGGGAGCUGCUGGUGCACAGGUUCUGAAUGGGGAAACCUUGGAGGGCAAGGGGGCUAAACAAAGAAAGUUAAGCUCAAUUAAUUGGCUCAUAAGACCCAGCCCCCAUGUUGAUGGGGCAAAUGCAGUAAUGUUUGUGUGAGCCUGGCCAGAAACUUUUAAGUGUGUAUGCUCUGGAGAGCUGCCAGGCUGGCAAGGGCAGGUCAGGGCUGGAUGGUGCCUCAAGGGCUGUACUGGUCCAUUGCCCAUCUUGACUUAAUGGUACUGAGGAGGUACAAGGGGGGAAAGAUGGUAACUCUGUGUCAUAACCCCUUGGGUCCAUCCCAGGACCUAAGGGAAAGUGUAAGGGAAGAUUUGAUGUGAGGGGGUGGGGAGGUGGGCAGAAGUCUGGGGGAGGAACUGGCAAAGGAGGUUCUCAGUCAAUAAAAGAAAAAACAGACCAAAGUUCUUUUAGGUUGGAAAAAAGCACAUGGUGGUUGGAGUUGGGAGUGUGGAGGGAAACUGGGAAAUUAGUCAAAUUUGCUAUUGAGUUGAAUUAAGGUAGAAAUUUAGUGUUGGAUAAAUUUUUCCUCCUGAAGGAUCUGGAAAGACAAGGCAGUAAUGUGUGCUUAUGGAUGCUUAUUAGGAGGGGGCUGGCUUAAAUCAGUUUAGUGAGAUGGGAAAGGGAGGAACUUAAAAGGGGAAUCUUCUUCCUCUUGAGUUUGAUUUCCUUCUAAACAGCCAUCUGUCAUCCCUUCUAGUUUGAGAGGAGAUUGCCAGUUGCCCCCUAUCUUUUUCUCAUCCUUUUUGAGGGCUGAGCUAAGAAGGUUGUGAUUUUUUUUUAAAGACUUUAAUUUUAUUAAAAAACAACAACAACAACAAAAGUUCCCUCUGGGGAAGGCAAGAGAAUGAUGAGAAGAGCAGCUGUGUGUGUUGAAUUUUCUCCAGGUGAAUUGGUGCAGAGGUGAUCUUUUUUUAACUACUAGCAAUAACCACAUAUUGGGUUUGAGUGCGCCUUGGGAUGGGGGUGGGAGGAGGACAGACUUUUGGCCAGACUGUUUCAAACAAAACCAAAAACCUAAAUAGAGCACUACCAUCCUCUGCUGCUGUGUUUCUGUAGAAAGCAACUUAGUUUUUGGAAUUUUUUUUUUUUUUUU